AUGAGGAUAAAUGGGAGUAAAAAUUACUCUUCAACGAAGAUAUUCUUCAAAUUAAAAUUUGCUGUUCUUUCACAGUGUGUAAAAUUAUAUGUGUUGUAUCCACAGAUGAGAUAUGUAGUUCGUGUGUCGCUACAUUAUUUCAUGGAAUAACUGAUACUGAUGUAUAUUAUUAUGUAUUAAUAUUAUAAGGAGUUCUGCGAGGAAUCUCCAUAUCUGAAAUGUCAGAGGAUGAGUUUUCGGGCUAAUGCUGCUGAUUUAAAGAGACUGUAGCUUAGAAAACCUUAAAAAUAUCAAAGAUCAAACGAUUUUGCUAGAUAAAAAAUAAAAAUAUCAAAAAUUAAAUUAUUUUUGUUUUAAAUAUGAAUUCUACAACUAGAAUUCUAUAUUCUGCAACUAUAUACUAUAUAUUUACAUAUAUGUAAAAUAGAAUUGUUCCGUGUAAUUUUAUCUCAGUUCCUUUUUGUUCUCCCAUUUAGUGGCUUGCGCUGAGGACGAAUCCAUGGGACCAGUAUUUGUCAAGGAACCACCAAACCGAGUUGACUUCUCUAAUGGAACCGGAGCUGUCGUCGAAUGCCAGGCCAGAGGAAACCCCCAACCGGAUAUCAUCUGGGUUCGUGCUGACGGAAGCGCUGUUGGAGACGUUCCUGGACUCAGACAGGUAUUUUCCUUUGUUUUAACAAAUUACUACUACACAGUAGGGCAUCUUUCAAACUGUCAAAGACUAAACAAUGUUUCAUUGUAAUGCUGUUUCUUGAAUUUUCGUAAAAUUAUUAAGUAAAGUCCUUGGAAUUUAUUUUUUCGGUAUUAAAAAGUCGAGUUUGAUAAUAAUGAAGUAAUUAAAGAAAAUUCAGAAUGGAACUCAUUAAUUAACUCGUUCGUUAUAUAAUGUAAUAGUAUUGCAGGAAAUAUUGUAGAUUACUGUUCAGAAGUAUUUAAACAGUCAGUGCAAUACGAUUGAAAGAUUAAUAAUUUCUGUUAUUCAUUGCAUUUUCAACUUUUUGUAAUGAAAGAACUUUUUCUACUGUUAAUCCUUUAUUUCGUCCAAUAAUUGAAUGUAAGCGAUUUUAACGAGAAAUAUAUCUGCAUUGUUCAAGUUCUAUAUUUGCAAUGAAUACCUACAGAAACAAAUAUCUCUCCAGCAUGGAACAGAUAUAUUUCAAAUCAUUUAGGAUAUAUUUGUGCAAAAUAAUUUUCAUUUAUCGUAUUACUGUCCAUUAUUCUUAUUAAUAUCUUAAUAGAUCCUUUUGUUAUCUAUAAUUGAAGUAUAUUUAAAUGAUAAUAAUAACAUGAUAAUAAUUUUGUCGUGUUCAAAUGUAUUUAAGUAUAUAGUACAUUCUUACCACGAAAUAUAUAAAACCAGAAUAUAGAAAUACGUAUAUAACAUGUAUAAAUUUAAUUUAUUACAUUCAAAUUAUAAAUAUAAUUAUAUUAAACAUAUAUAUCUUCCUAGAACAUUUAGAAAUGCUUUUCGUUUACUAAAGGAAAUAUAACUAAAUAUAAUUAUUAAUAUUAUAUUUAAAAAAAAAAUUGUAAAAAAUAAGGGGAGAAAGGAAAGAAUACAACGAUUGUCCGUUCAUUCUAGACAUUUUGAUUUAAUGAUAAAAAUUAUUCGUUGUAGAAUAACCCAAUUUGA